UCAGCUAAAAAGUACUGCAAUGAGACACCACAAGCUUCGAGUAACCGCAAUGGUUUUACUGUUGGUGUGCCGUGCCUGCACUGCGCAUCCCACAGGCAAUGAUAUAGAUGACAGCAAUUAUCAAGGCACAGGCGGAGGCAACAGACCCGUCGACUACCACACUGUCGUUGGACAUUUUAAAGAUUUCUUCAUGUACCUGCCCGUUAUGAUGACAACUUUAAAAGAGACGAUGUCUGGAUUUCCCAAAUUCGCUGAAGGCAUUCGGAUUCUGGCAUCAGGAAAAGGACGAGUCGACGGCGAAGAUUGCAAGUGCAGUAAAAACAGCAUUGCUGCAAGCAAUGAGGUCGAAAACAGCAGCCGUUACGGUUGAGCUACACCACCGGUUUUAGUUUAGUGUAUAUAUUGUAAAUAUAAGUUCAACAGACUUCAAAGACAGAAAGAAAGUGUAUUAUUAUUAUUACAUUAGUUAUGUGCUUGCAAAACUAUACCUUAAAUAAGUCUCAGGAUAAAUA